CGGUUAUUGUGAAAUAUCUUUGGGUGAGGUGAGGCCAGUCUGGUGAUCUUAUUGUCCAGCAGUGGAAUUGUUGAAAUGAACAAACAAUCGAUCACUAUUGCACAAAAAUCGCUUCAGUCUUGAUGAUUGAGUUUAAAAUCUAGGAGAAACGCGUUUUUAAAGUUACUUGUUUAAAUACUCGCACCGAUUUGUAAACAUUGUGUGACUUUUGGAUAAUUUCCCGAUAUUACACUUUAUCCGCGGCGCAUAAGCUUGUUUUCGCGAGGUUUUGCGAGAUGCAUUGGCGGGAUGCACUCACGGGUCGCACGAAGUUCAUAGGUAAACAAGCCGGUAUAUAAACACCAUGCAGUGUCACUGAGCACACACCCGUACUGUUUGUGCCUGUGACUGCAUCCAGCAACCAGCCAUCUCAGCCCUUUGCAAAAUGAUGAUCUCACUGUUCCUCGUGGCCGCGUUUGCGUCGACGCUGGGUGCGCAGGCGCCGCAGCAACCGCCCGGCGACCAGAUCCCGAUCAUCCGCUUCGAAACCGACGGACCCAACGUGGAUGGAACUUAUAAAUGGCUAUACGAAACUGGGAACGUGAUCAAUGCGGAAGAGUCGGGGUACGUCAAAAACUUCGGCAAGGGCGAGGGGGAGGAGGUGCAGGUGGCUGAGGGGAAGUUCAGUUACAAGUCCCCGGAGGGCCAGCUCAUAGCCCUCACCUACAUCGCCGACGAAAACGGCUUCCAGCCACAGGGAGAACAUCUUCCCACACCACCGCCGAUUCCGCCGGCGAUUCAGAAGGCCCUCGAAUACUUGAAGUCUCUGCCGCCCACUGCCGCCGGAGCCUCCUCCAACGUCCAGCCCCAGUACCAACCUGCACCGUUUAAGAAUAAAGGACGGUUCUAAAAGCCCCUAGAAUCACGAAAUAUAUUUUGACUCAUAUACGACUCUACCAUUUAUUACUAAGAACAAAAUACUUGCAUACCAAAACGUUGGAGAUUGAUGUAAGAAGUUAUUUUCUGUAAAAUCCUUAAUUAAUAAAUCGUUAUUCGAUGUAGCUGCUACGAAAUCUGUAUACAUUUAGAGUAUUAUUAUUAGGCUAAGCUGAUUUUAGACUGAAAGAUUGUAAAAAGAUCUGGCUAAAUAUACCAUUACAAUAGUUAGAUAUAGCCGUUAAGAUUUAAU